AUGACUAGACCACCAAUCACCCCAAAAGUCCAGCAUCCAUAUCCCAUCUACUACUCAAACCGCAUCAUUGCCGGUUUCGGAAGAGGUUCCGCCGAAUUGGGAAUUCCUACCGCAAACGUACCUGUAGACAGAGUCUUCGACAACCUAGAUACCGGCAUCUACUUCGGAUGGUGUCUUCUUUCGCCAGCAGACUGCUCGGAACACGUAGAGAAGACGGAUCAUGAGCGGGAAGUCAACUUCAACUAUGGACACAAUCUCACAGACGAUGAGCUCACGUGUUUGCCCAUGGUGAUGUCUGUGGGCUGGAACCCAUUCUAUCACAACCAGGAGAAAGCCGCUGAAGUGCAUAUCAUGAAGGAAUUCAAGGACACGUUUUAUGGUGCCGAUGUCAGUGUGGUGAUUUUGGGCUACAUUCGUCCCGAGUUGAACUACACCACCAAAGAGGCUUUGAUUGAGGAUAUCCGUUUAGAUAUCAAGACGGCGGAAGAGACCCUUGCCACGCCAGAAUAUCGGAAGUUCCAGGAUACUUUGAUGGUGCAGAACAAAAGCAAGAGUAAGAAGGUGUAA